GACCCAUUGUUAAAAUCGUGUUUAUGGAAGACAAUCUUACUCAGCUAAGAGUGAUCGCCAAAGAAGAAGAAGGCCAAGACUCACCUGUGAAUGACUGAAACAUCAUGGCUGCUCUGCUGCUAGAAGUUUGUGUCAUUCCAGCACUUUGAAUCAUAUGCAAGACCGAGAAGCUCAGAAUUUAUUAUUAUUGGCAGCCCAGUUGGGUUCUCCUUACCCCCUGCUGUGGGAGUGCAUAUGAAUAAAAUUAUAUUCUAAAUAAUUAUCACAUUACAAGAGACACUUUAAAUAAUUUCCUUGAUGCUUUCAAUAGCAGGUAUGCAUGGCAGCACUCUCUAGUGUAUAGAAUCUUCCGCAUAUACUAGUAUAUACAGCCUUUUGGAGAAAACAUUGCAUAUAAAGUGGUUGUCUUAUGGGAGGCCCAGCAAAUUUAACUAGACUUUUAUUUAAUUUUUUAUGAUCAUUCAAAUACCAAUAGAUAAGUAGGUCCUCCCACUUGUUAUUGUCCUGUCUACUACCGCCACAAGCUUUCAACUAAACUCAAUCAACUUCCAUAGUAGAUAAAAAAGAGACAGGUGAGAAGUGCUAUAACAUGAAUAUACAGGAAUUCGCAUGUCAAGUAGCCCCAGGAACUGUGACCAAAUAUUGUUAAAAUCUACUCUUAAUAUGCCUAUUAAAUGCUACCCACUCUUGGCAGCCAAGUUAAUAUAAGAAUAAAUCUUGGCAUGAGGAAUAUUUUCAUUCCUUCAUAAACAUAACAAAAACUGAGGGUUAUUCCCCAAACAACACACAAAAUAAACAACUAACUGUGUUGUACCUCCAAGCUGAAAAAGCAGUACCAAGAUCAACAACUUUGCCUUUUGGAUGUGAAUUUAAAGUAAUAUGCCAAGACAGAAUAAGGGAAGGAGGGGAGAGACGUCUGCUUAAAGGUGUUCUAAAUGUACAGAGUUUUCUUUCCCUUUUGGCAAUGAGAGAGAGUUUUCAGGGUCGUCGUUUUCUAAAGGGUUUAUUUGUAUUUCAGACAAGACUAAAAUUAUAAUACUAACGCAGCCAAGCUUUUGGAUUUUACUGCAUCUAAAUAUAUAAUGCUUUUUUAAAAAAGUAGGACAGAUUAAAUGAUGAUUCCAGUCAUCUGGUUCCUGUUCUUACUGAUUGUUUGUAGUUCACAGGGCAGUGGCGGCGAUGAUGCCCUGUGUCUAAAUUCUAACAUGUUUUCUGAGUUUUGACACCUUUAAUCUGGGCUUGAAAUGUUUCUGGUCAUUUCAUGGCAAGCCACACACUUAACGGACGUAGAUACUUAAUGAUAGAACCAUGACAAAAUAAUAGUAAAAAGAAAUAGCAUUUUUUGGUGUUUGCUUAUAAACAUUUUAUACGCAUGCUUCCCCCCCAAAUAUCGAAAACAGCAGAAGAGAUUUGGAACACAAGGAAGGCUAAUAAAUUUCAUAUGCUUUUUAAAAUAAUAUAUUUAUUGAUUUUAUAGCAAACAAAAACAAAAAAAUACAGAAAUAGAAAAUACAAAAAUACAAAAAAACACAAAAACACAAAAAUAAAACUUUCUACAUCUUACUUCAAAUCUAACACUGUUGACUUCCUCAUUCCUCCUCCAACUGCGUUACAUUGUAAAUCAUCUUUAGUAAUUUUUACAUCUUGACCUUAAACUUAUUUUCCAUUUUAACUAAACCUUUUUUAUAUUAUAUUAUUAUAACUUAACAUAUAUUUCACUGGAAGGACAGAUCGUGAAGCUGAGGCUCCAAUACUUUGGCCACCUCAUGAGAAGAGAAGAAUCUUUGGAAAAGACCCUGAUGUUGGGAAAGAUUGAGGGCACUAGGAGAAGGGGACGACAGAGGACGAGAUGGUUGGACAGUGUUCUCGAAGCUACGAACAUGAGUUUGACCAAACUGCGGGAGGCAGUGCAAGACAGGAGUGCCUGGCGUGCUCUGGUCCAUGGGGUCACGAAGAGUCGGACACGACUAAACAACAACAACAACAUAUAUUUCAAAUCCUUUUCCAAACUUAUAACUACAUCUAAAUAUAUUUACUCCUCUACAUUUUAUAUUUCUACAACCUCUCUGUACCUCCUUCACUUCAAUUAGUUCUAUCCAAUAAUAUGCUUAUUCUUUAAAUAAACUUUAAAUUUCUUCCACUCUUCUUCCACCGCUUCUUUCCUCUGAUCCCGGAGUCUCCCGGUUAACUCCGCCAGUUCCAUGUAUUCUAUCAUCUUCUUCUACCAUUCAUCCGCCGUUGGUAAUUCUUCAUUCUUCCAAUUCUUGGCUAUUAAAUAAAUUUCAUAUGCUUUUAAAGGGCAGAGUCAUGUCUUAUUUCCUCCAAAGCUUGGCUUGUUAUCCAACUGCUCUGACCCUGUGUAGUUUCAUCUGGAGUGGAGUGGCCAAACAAAUCACAGUUAAAUAUGGCUGCUGGGUACAGACAUGGUGCCAAAACAAGCCAUGGGUCAUAGGCCAACAACAAACAUGGCUUCACAUCAUAGUUAGUUAUUGGAAAACAAACCAUGAUUGGUCUUCAGGGCUGGGUUUGAACAUCCAAACAAGCCACACUUAUGAUUUAGUGCUAUAUGUGAACCAGGCCAAUGUUUCUUUCUGUUAAUCAUUUUUUUUACGUUGUUUGUGAGUCCAUUUAUCCACUUGUGUACAUACUAGUCUAUCCUGACAUAAUGGGAACCACCCUAGAAUCAUCAUCAUGUGAGGCAGCCUAUUUGACCCACAGAAAUGGUGUUAUGGCAUUGCUGGCAUAUUGUGGCUUGUAUCACUCUAGAAAAUUUGUGUGAAGCUUCUGGAGGUGUUGUCCCAGUAGAUAAGGGGGACAGGUGUGGUUUGCCCAGUGAGGCAGAGCCACAAAGAAAGCAUCCUUUCAGGUAUGCCACUGUGCUUACCAGGAUGGGAAGGAACAAUGUGGUGGGAAGGUUGGCAUAGUGUGAGUACAGCAGCAAGAUUACCAGAUUGACUCAGCCACUGCAUUAUGCCAACCACUCCACACCCUCACCUCUCUCCCUCCUGGUAUGCACCAAACAAGCCACUUCUGAUGGAGACAGAAUUGGCACCAUAACUGGUUGUUGUGGUUUUUUAAUUGGGUCUGUGUGUUGUGAUCAUAGAAGUCUAUAUACAUACAAAAGGCAUCUGGAAAAGGCCAAUACCAUUGGGUGUUGGGCUAGAGACCUCUGUUUUAGAAAGUAGUGGGCAAAACAAUAAAUAAGAGAACUUGCAGAGGAUGAGGACUGGGGAAAGUGCAAUGUGUGAACUGGAAACUUCACGUUUAAGAGAACAAGUGCGGGUAUUAGGACAUUUCAUUGAAUGCUUUCCUUCUGCCUGUCUCAACUUAACUCAGCCUUGUAAUGGCUGAUAACCUAAAUCAGUGCUGACCUUGGCAUUUGAAGAAUCUACUCUUGACAGUUUCUCCUGGAGAAACUGUUUGGCAUUCUUUCAACAUUGACUGUGGCAAUCUUAUAUUCAAGCAAAGACAGUGUCUGUAAACAAUAGCUGGGUAUAGCGUUUGUGCUUCAGCUCUGCUGCUUAAAACCCCAGGGUACUCUGCAUUAGGGCACCUCAUCUUUCAUAUUUUUAAAAAUAGAGCUAAUGGUAUAACAUUUUAGAAUAGAAUAGAAUAGAUUCUUUAUUGUCAUUGUCCCCUUGCAGGAACAAUGAAAUUUCUCAGUUGCUAUAUCAACUCAACUCAACUCAACUAAGACACUCCACAUAAAUUAAAAUACUAAUAAGUGCAAUACAAUACAGAACAAUAUAACAAAUAAAUAAGAUGACUUCAGAGUCCAGAGUUUUCAUUUAAGGCCAAGAUUGCUCUAGAAAAGAAACUGUUCUUGAGACGGCUUGUUCUCGUCUUCAUUGUUCUAUAUCUCCGUCCCGAUGACAAGAGCUCAAAGAAGCGAUGACCCGGAUGCGAUGGGUCUCUUGAUAUAUCUAAUGUCUUUCUGUGGCACCUGAUGGUAUAGAUAUGUUCUAAGGUAGAGAGUGAACAGCCAAUGAUACUCUCUGCUGUUUUAAUAAUUCUGCACAACACAAUCCUUUCCCGAGAAGUACAGCUUCCUUACCACACACAUAAGCCAUAAGUGAGCACGCUCUCAAUGGCACAGUGAUAGAAGGCAAGCGGCAACUUUUGUGGAAGAUGAUUUUUCCUUAAAAUUCUCAAAAAAGUACAGUCUGUAUACGGAGCAGAAUGGCAUACAGAAUGGUAUUCUUUUGGCUGUGCAUAUAUUUGCUUCCUAUCCUGCAGCAUAAAUCUCUGUCUAUGCACACCUGCUUAUUGUUUUUAAACUUGUACACCCACACUUCUUCUUGUCCAACUGCUUUCCCCCAGGGAAAGCCAGUCUUUAGUGCUAAAUUGGAGCAAACAACAAUUUGGAUUUCCUCUGGAUUGACGGUUGUUCCAAUUUGGCACUAAAGAGCAGGUUUUCCCUGAGAAAGGCAUGGGGCAAGGGGGAAACCACUCAGACCCAUGCUUUCCAGGCAUGGUAUAAGUGGUAGUGUGAACAAGCCCUGAUUGUAUGCACACAUCUUUUACAUACAUGAGCAGUUUUCAAAGAUUGGAAGUGGCAGCUUCAAUUCCUUCAGCACUGGGAGGCAAACUGAAGCAAUCCAACUGCAACAGUAUCUGAAGAAGUGUACAUGCACAUGAAAGCUCAUACCAAUAACAAACUUAGUUGGUCUCUAAGGUGCUACUGGAAUGAAUUUUUAAAAUUUUGUUUAGACUAUGGCAGACCAACACGGCUACCUACCUGUAACUACAACCACAACAGUGUGAUUUUAAAGUCUCCUUGGCAUGGAGGCAUCCUGCCUAAUUGUGAGUGUUACAGUGAUUCAGCAGCUAAAUAUGCCAGGGUCUGUGGGUGUACUUUGUUGCCUCCUUGCUGCCUCUGUGUAGUAUGUCUUUUUUGUUGUUGUUGUUUGUAGUUUACCCUCAAGGAAAAGCAACAUUGUGGGAGUUGAACUUGCAUAAACUCUCUGCAGAAGGAUCACAAUAUCAUCUAAUUGCAGAGGAGCUCGGAAGUGAUAUUUGAGAUCAUAAUUCACAUCGAAUACAUCCCACAAUAAUGUAAAUUAUGGAUUAUUUACUGGAUAAAAUAAUUUUAGAAUUUGUAGAGAGGUGGCAGGUUUCUUUAGGCAUAUCAAUAGUAUUAAUUUUUAAUUCCUCUGCUAUGUAUCUAAUCUAUAGGAUUUGUAGGAUGUUGCAUUAGAUAUAGCUUUGGCAUGCAUGCAUGCAUGCCAAUUUGUCCAUCUGUUCUUUCAUCCCCACAGGGCAAAACUAGCAUGGCAUUUACUCAUAAUCUCUUCUGUUUUAGUACCUUAUUUUCUGAGCUGUAGUGAAACAUUGACAUUAUGAAAGUGCCUAAGCAAUUGUAGGUGGGGGACACCAUCCCCAUCUUUUCAGCUGUGUUUGUGUGUGAAGUCCAUUCAAAGAGCUGUAAUUUUAAAGUUCUUCAGUAAACUUAUCUUAUAAAUAAACUGUAAUGUUGGCAAGAAAAGUAAAAGUGAAGUGUUCGUUUUGGAUCUAUUAAAGAGGUGGUUCAAAUUUUAAACCCAUCAUUGUACAGAAGAGCACACACACACACACACACACACACACGCACCCAUGUCAAGUGGCUAGGAAUGCAGGAAACUGCUGAAAACUAUAUCAGACUUGCUGUCCAUUUAGCCCAAUAUUUUCUACUCAUGCUGGCAGCAGUUCACCAAGGUCUCAAGCAGAGAUUUUUCCCCAUUAACCUUUUAAUUGGAGAUUGAACUUGGGACCUUGUAAAUGUGACAUGUGUGCCCUCCCUCUUAGGUUCAGGUCUUCCUCUGUUAUGACUCUGACCCUGAGCAGCAGCCAGGACUCUGAAUCAGCUGGAUUAGGAAGGUUUUGAUGAACUCCAUGCCUGUGCUGAUCCUGGAUUCCCUGAAUAUGGAUAUAAGAUGCCUGGCGCAGGUGUUUUCUUUGAAAGUUCAGUAGUCCGGUUCCAUUGCCAAGAAGGAUACAGGCUUAAGGGCCCAUCCAAAAAGCUUUGUGAGAGACAUUUCAACGGCUCCCUAAGUUGGAAGCCAAGCGAGAAACCCGUGUGCCUCCAAGAAGCCACAGAUUGCCUUGCACCUGUUGUUGAAGAUGCAGAGGUUCAUAACAAGACAUAUGGGACUGGAGAUAAAUUAAUAAUCAGCUGUCAUGAAGGAUUCCAGAUCCGUUACCCUGAUUUAGACAACAUGGUUUCAGUGUGUCAAGACGAUGGAACGUGGGAUAAUCUGCCCCUUUGUCAAGGUUGCCUGAGGCCAUUGGUUCUUCCUCAUAGUUACAUUAACAUAUCUGAGUUCGAGUCCUCCUUCCCAGUAGGAACUAUGAUAUAUUUUCAGUGCUUUCCUGGAUAUAAACUAGAGGGGACAGAGUUCCUUGAGUGCAUGUAUAACCUUAUCUGGUCAGAUAGCCCACCUAGGUGCCUUGAUGUGGAAGUUUGUCCACUACCUCCUAUGGUGACUCAUGGAGAUUACAUUUGCCACCCGCGGCCUUGCGAGCAUUACAACCAUGGGACUGUGGUUGAGUUCUAUUGUGAUCCUGGCUACACUCUCACCAAUGAUUACAAAUAUAUCACCUGCCAGUAUGGAGAAUGGUUUCCGUCAUAUCAAGUAUACUGUGUCAAAACAGAACAAACUUGGCCAAAUACACAGGAAACUCUCCUGACAACAUGGAAGAUUGUGGCAUUCACUGCUACCAGUGUUCUUCUGGUGCUUCUGUUAGUUAUUCUUGCCAGAAUGUUCCAGACCAAAUUUAAGGCACGCUUUCUUCCAAGAGGAGCUCAAGAGAAUUGCAGCAGUGGCCCCGACUUCGUGGUGGUGGACGGUGUUCCUGUGAUGCUACCUUCCUACGAUGAAGCUGUGAGCAGUGGAUUGAAUGCCUUGGCACCUGGAUGUGUGUCCCCUGCUGGCCAGGGGUAUGUUUUACAGGCUGAUGAUCAGAACCCUCCAGCUUAUCCGGGGCCAGAUGACUUGGGCAGGUUGCCAGCGGAAUUUGAUACCUGUGACAGCAUUUCAGGCUCUUCAGAACUUCUUCAAAGUUUGUACACAUCUUCUGUGUGUCAAGUGGGAGCACAUCCUGUCUCAGAGAGAACUGAUGCCAUCAACAGCACCACCGGGGAAGUAGCAUCAACCAGCCCAAGCAUUGACAUUGCAGAUGAAAUUCCAUUGAUGGAUGAAGACCCUUAAUCUGCACAAAUCUUGAUCAUUACCUGCUCACACCUCUUGGGGGGAGGAGGGCGUAAAAGAAUCAUGCACAUAUGUAUACAAACAUACCUAUAUAUCUAUAUAAAUCUCUAUAUAAAGACUGGCUAAAUAUUGGGGGAGGGCAUUUCGGUUUUUUUAUAAAUCUUCCACAUUAUGAUGUCACCAGAUUUUUUUGUGCACAUAUCUUAAUCAACUUUGGGGGUUGAGAGCAUCAGCUAUUCAACGGCAGCUUUACAAAAUGAAUCCUGAGGAUUUGAUGAGACUAGUCACUGCAAAAGAACUAUAGAUUUAUGGAAUAGUGAUGAGUGUAUCUGCAUCGCAGGAAGUCUUAACUGCUUUUUAGAGACACCAGUGAAAGUGGUUUGUGGCACAGGUACAAACUGCCUAAAGAAAGCAUGUCAGAUGAUGUAAAUUUUGCUUUAUUGAAGCUGCUAAAUAUUUAUGAUGGACCACAAUUUACAAAGGAAUCCUAAUUUAUGGGGUGCAGGGAAAUAAACAGUGUUGAAAUUAAAAUUGGGGAAAGGUCAUUCCUGAAUGGUCUGUUUUAACCAAGCUUGUAGAGAGAAACUCUUGUGGUGAUGUCAUUUAAAGAGGUGGCUGCAGCAUCGAAGGACCUGAGUUCAAGAAAGAACUUAUUCUGGGUAAACGUAUAAUAAAAGGAAAGAAGAGGCUUGAGUCAUGAUUUAAAGGUGUUUUUUUAAAAAAGAAAGAAAGAUAUAAAAGAGAAGUAUUUAUGAAACAUUAUCACAAUUGCAUUGCAUUUGACCCGUUUUUUCUCAUGAAUGUUCCAAGUUAUAAAAAAAAAAGUUCCAAAGCCACAGUUAGGCAAAUGUUGAAAUUGUAGUGUCUCGCAUCCAUGAUUAAUGAGGCCACUGAGAAACAAGAGGAAGGCAAUGGUAUUGGUUGAACCCCAACGCAUAUAGAAGUAUAAACUCAAAGAGGAAGUUCCUGCUUAAAUAGGUCAGUGAGGAAUGAGCAUGCUCAGUGGCAUCUAAGAAUCGUGGAAUGUUGAAUGUCUGCUGAAAAAGGAAAAGAGGUAAUUGGUG